AGCGCUGCAUUUUCCUAACCCCCAAACACUGGUUCAAUUUUGACAACGUCAAAAAAAACCAGUGCAUUAGUAAUCGAGGUGUGGUGUUCCUUUUUUUUUGAUAAGGACAACAGAGGUGUGUUUACCAGCGCGAAGAAACGAGGAUGAGCGCAACAUUGAAGCCCUACCUGAUGGCGGUUCGGCACACGCUGACCGCGGCUAUGUGCCUGGACAACUUCUCCUCGCAGGUCGUCGAGAGGCACAACAAACCGGAGGUGGAGGUUCGCUCCAACAAGGAGCUUCUCCUCACACCGGUCAUCAUCUCCAGAAACGAAAAGGAGCGUGUUUUCAUAGAGAGCUCCAUCAACUCUGUGCGCAUCAGUAUUGCGGUGAAGCAGGCCGAUGAAAUUGAGAAGAUCCUUUGCAAGAAGUUCAUGAGGUUCAUGAUGAUGCGCGCCGAGAACUUCUUUGUGCUUCGCAGGAAACCCAUCGAAGGCUUUGACAUUAGUUUUCUGAUAACCAACUUCCACACGGAGCAAAUGUACAAACACAAACUGGUCGAUUUCGUGAUACAUUUCAUGGAGGAAAUCGACAAGGAAAUUUCCGAGAUGAAGUUGGCGGUGAACGCGAGGGCCCGUAUCGUUUCCGAGGAAUUCCUGAAGCGCUUCUGAAACCCUCACCCAUUAUUAUCAUUUUUUUUUUUUGAUUUUACACAAUUUAUCAAUCCAACUUUAUUAAUUUAUUCUUUUUACCAGUUAUAUGUAUAUCUUGAACUGCCAACUGUUCUUCUCCCUAUGUGACUGAGUAGUUUUUACGCGUUUCCAUAAGUUUUUUAAAUCGAUUGCUACAAAUGACAUCUACCGCUACUUUAAUACUUUAGAGCGGAGGACGAUGAUCGUCGCGAGAUGUCGUCCUGUAAAUACACUAAUUAUUAUUAUUAUUAAUUUUUUAAAAUGAAAUCUGUCGUAUUUUAGAACAAACAAAACUAAAACA